AAUAGAACAAUAAACAACAUUUUUUUUGGCGCGAAACAAGCAUUUCGUCUUCUUCUCUUCUUCUACAUCGAAUAGAUACUCUAGAAACCCUAGAAAACUCACAAAUCCGAGACUGUAAUGGAUCCAGUAACAACGGAGGACUGUUUCGACGUAAGCGACACAGAGAAAGAAGACGAUGAAGAAGAAGCCACUGCUCAUCUCAGAGAUCGGUUCCGUAUCUCCACAAUCUCUAUCGCAGAAUCCGAAGCUAAACGAAACAACCUGGAGAUUUCUCAAUCAGUUAUCGUUUGCAUCUCUGAUUUGGCCUUCAAGUAUGCCGAACAGUUAGCUGAUGAUCUUGAGCUGUUUGCACAUCAUGCUAAUCGAAAGAUUGUGAAUAUGAAUGAUGUCAUUCUAUCUGCACAUAGGAACAAACAUUUGGCGGAUACAUUGAGGGCGUUUUCACAUGAUCUAAAAGCAAAAGAACCACACUCUGAGAAGAAGAGGAAGAAAACUUCAAACAAGGAAGACAAAGGUUUCCCGUCGGUACAUCACAUCGAUCCUUAACUGUCAUAUGAAGAUUCUUGAAUAUUUGUUUGUUCAAAUGGUUUUUGUUCACAUGAAAUGCUCAUCUUGUGCAUAACUCAUUGUCUUCUUUUGUUUACAUGUCAAUGUGGGUGACUCUUUGAAUUAUAUAAAGAGAAGGGAAGAAAGGGUA